AUGCUCUUUUUUCUAGCUAAAGGUAUUAGACCUUAUAUCUUACUAUUAAAUAUACCCUUAAGCACCUUAUUAUACGCUAAUCCUUUACUAAGUAAAGCUAGGCAAAGGCUAGGCCCUCUAGCUAGUAUAUUAUCUUAUUUAGCCUAUUUCUCUACCUAUUACUCUAUAGUAAAGAGAAGGUCUAGUUUCCUUGCUCCUAGGAUAAACCCUUAUAAUAGGCGCUAUACGCAAGAGCUAAGUCUAAGGGUAUUAAGUAUAGUUAAUAAAAAGCGUAGAUUAAAAGAAAAGCGUAGAUUAAGAAGAACUAUAUCUACUAACGUCUUAAGGCUAGCUACUACUAGUUCUAGGCUAUUAUUAAAUGUAAAGGCUAGGUGUCUAUUAAGGAUAACUAUAUAUCUCUGUAAAAGCGUAGGCAAAGGUAGUCUAGAUAAGGAUAAAAGUUUAAUAUUCUUUAACUUUAAGGUAAAAGACUAUAAGGUAAGGCUAACUAGAGGGGAACUAGGCGUAGGCUAUCUAGUGUUCUACUUACUAGAGGAGCUUAGUAGUAUAGUUAAGCUAGAAGUUAGUAAAUACUUUAUUCUUAAUGUUAAAGGUUACUAUAAGGGUAGAGUAGUUAUAUGUUAA